ACUGUCCCACUUUGGGUCUUUUUGUCUGAUUUGGGGAGGAGUCGAAGUCUUCCUCCUCCCCACCCUAUUAGGUAUCUCGACCAAUCCGUUUAAGGCUUGUCAGGAAUAGAGUAGGGAAGGAGUAGUAGUGUGAGGCGACGCAGAAUACGCAUGCGCAGAAUGCGUCUGGGCGGGCGAUGCUGUUUUUGAGGGAAAGAAAAGGGGAAGGAGAGGCUUCCCAGGAUUGGCUGGAGCAAGGCGUCACUCUGCUGCGAGCGCUGUGAUUGGCUCAGGAGCCUUUCGCGGGCUCAGAUGAUUUGUGGCAAGGAUGCUGAGGCGUGGGAUUAUAUACAGAUAUUUUUCUGGCUUUGCACCUGUCAAGAAAUGGACUUGGAUCAACUUGAUGUGAACCCCAGAGUGAUUGCAGCUAUUAAGAGAGCAAACCUGAAAUCAGUCAGAGAGAUUUUCAAUCUUUCCCAAUCAGAUUUGCAAAGGGUGACAAAAUUAUCCAGUGUGGAUGUACAAUACCUGCUAAAAACAAUUUCUAGUGCAGUGAGGAAAAAACAUGUCCUUACAGCUCUUCAGCUCUUCAAAGACAAAAACCAACGCAGGAAAUUAAGCCUGGGCUGUCCGGUUCUCGAUGGCUUCCUCCAAGGCGGCAUUCCCCUAACAGGGAUUACUGAAAUUGCUGGCGAGAGCUCAGCUGGGAAGACACAAAUUGCUUUGCAGCUGGCCCUUUCUAUACAAUAUCCAUAUAAAUAUGGUGGUCUAGAAUCUGGUGCUGUUUACAUUUGCACAGAAGACGCUUUCCCAAACAAACGCCUGCAGCAACUGAUCCAGCAACAGGCAAAUCUGAGAGAUGAUGUUCCGCCCAUUGUGGUGCAAAAGAUAAAAUUUGGAAAUCGUAUUUUUGUUGAGCACACAGCAGACCUGGAUGCUUUCCGCAAUUGCAUUACUAAUAGAAUUGGUAUACUACUCUCGAGAGGCAUGGUGCGGCUCAUUAUUGUUGAUUCCAUUGCUGCCUUGUUCAGAUGUGAGUUCGGUGCUAAAGAUUCUGUCCUGAAAGCCAAAUAUUUGCUAAUGUUUGGAGCAAAGCUUCACGAACUUAGCAGCCAAUUCCAAAUCCCCAUUGUGUGCAUUAAUCAGGUAACCGACACAAUGGAUACAGCUGGGAGAGCUGUUCAUAGUCCAAGCUGUACAGCUCAGAGAGUUGCUCCAGCCCUAGGAAUAACGUGGUCCAAUCAACUAUUGAUGAGACUAAUGGCAAGUCGGACAGUCCAUUUUACACAGACUGCAAAUGAUGCUCAUCAACACAACAGAGGGGCCUUACGGACGUUGAGGGUUAUUUUUGCUCCUCACUUGCCACAGACAUCUUGCCAGUACACAAUAAACCUGGAAGGUGUGCGGGGAAUAAAGGAAGACAUUUUGGCAGGUUUAUGAAGAAAUCUGCAUAGCAAAAACCCAUGGGUUACUUACAGACUUAUUGACUAGACUGUGCUCCUACAAUGUUUAAGAUAUAUUUCCUACUGUAUCUUGGAAUGAGCAUGAAUCCUAUAUUUUUAUAGAUACUGUUUUAUAAUUACUGAAUAUAAAAACUGCCAUCGUA